AUGCCUCCAGCACGCAAACGCAGGGCGGACCCAGAUGACUCUGACGCCUCCGAGCCUCGUCCUGCGCGCCGCCAGCAAAGGAGCAGAUCGACAGAUUCCGAAGAAGCAGAGAUGUCCGACGCCAGCGCCGGCGCACGAGCGCCGACUAGUCAGGACGCGCUGGUCAAGAAGAUGGUUCGCCUGGCCCUCGCCAGCGAGUACUCGCGCCUCCCGAUCCGGCGCACAGAUAUCACUUCCAAGGUCCUCGGGGAACAGGGGGCCCGCAUGUUCAAGGCCGUUUUUGAGAAUGCGCAGCGCCAGUUGAGAGAUAAAUUUGGGAUGGAGAUGGCGGAGUUGCCGGUCAGAGAAAAGGUUACUAUUUCUCAGCGGAGAGCCGCCCAAAAAGUCGAAAAACAAUCCUCCUCCAACAAAUCCUGGGUUCUAACCACCAUCCUCCCACCCGCAUACCGCACCUCCUCUAUCCUAGCACCCUCCAAAGCCCCCUCAACCCACACAGAAGCCAUCUACACGGGUCUCUACACCUUCAUCAUAGCCGUGAUCUCGUUGAACGGGAGCUCGCUCACCGAGCAAAAACUAACACGCUACCUUAAGCGCACGAACUCCGACAUCCAUACGCCCAUUGAGAAAACGGAAAAGCUAUUACAGCGACUCGUUAGGGAAGGAUAUCUUGUCCGUACUCGAGAGAUGGACGGAGACCAGGAGAUCAUCGAGUUCAUGCUUGGGCCGAGGGGGAAAGUCGAGGUUGGCUCUGGGGGCGUGGCGGGCAUGGUGAGGGAGGUUUGGGGGUAUGGACCUGGGGCUUCUGUUGCAAAUGGAGGGGAGGGUAGUGAGGAUGAAGAAGCGACGGUGGCUGAUCGAGCUGUGAGGAGGGACUUUGAGGGGCAGUUGAGGAGGACUUUGGGGAUGCCGGUUGUUGAGGAGCGGGUUGAGCGGACGCAGGAGCCGCCGUCUCGGUCUCAGGUUAAUGGAGGGCAUGGGAGGCAUGGGAGGAGAGGGCAGGAGGAAGAAGAAGAAGAAGAGGAGGAGGAGGAGGAAGAGGAAGAAGAAGGUGAGAGCGAUUGA